AUGAAUUCCGCAAACGCCAGGGAUUGCCUCCUGCAUCUGGCUAAAGCUAAGCUCUCGGAGCGAGAAGAUCUAGUCCGGCUCAAUGAUCAGCUAGUGGACAUUAUUGAGAGUGUUCACUUCAUGGAAGCUGAGCAUGCCGCAUUGGAGCACGACCACAACUUGCUCAAAACCGGCGUCCAAUCCGACAGCAGUGGAAUCAACGAGAUCUAUGAAGUUGAAAUUAGAGUGAGUGUUCAUUCCCAAGCUCCUAAUGUUAGAGCCGGUGUCGAGGAUAUCAAUAGAAACCGUCAGCAGCUUCUUCAUGAGCAAUCUACUCUCUCCCAACAGGUCAAGGAGGUCGAGCAACAAUGGAGACACACUGCUCAGUCAGCUUUUGGAGUUCCAAAAGAGGUUGAUGAGGAGUUUGCUAGAAUUUGUCAGAUCAAGUAUGAGAAUUGUAUUACUCUGAAAAGGAUUAAGUACAUGGAGGAGAAGAAUCGAUUGACCAAGCAGAAUAAAGGACGCAUUUUUGAGCAGAUCAAUUUGAUGAGAAUGAGAAAAGAUCAAGCCGUCAGUCUCCAACAAGAAUACCUCCUUCGCAAGAAUGAACUUCUCAACAGCAUCCGCAACCUGGAGGAGGACAACAAGAGAAUCAUCAUGAAUGAACACAAGUAUUUCACUCGCGACCGUACUGCCGAUCGCCACGUCUUCCGUGACCAGCUCCGCCAGGCUAUUAACGAUAUCCGUGCGGACUACGAGUUCAAGCGUCUCAGAAACGAGGAGGAGAUUCGUGUUCGUCUGGAAAGAGAAAUGAACAGAAUCAACUCAAAUCCAACUGUCAGUAUCACUUGGGACAGACUGAAGGAUGAGCUUUCGGUGGUGAAGACCAACUGCGCAUCAUUGCAACAACAAGUUUCCAAUGUGGAGAUCAGAAAUGCCACUCUCACUCAACAAAUCGAACUUCUUCGCUUGGAAAUUUCGGAGAACAAUCAAUCAUUCGAAAUCAGUCUUGAAUCGAAGAUUAAGGAGAUUGAGAAGCUCAGAGAGCAGUGCACAUCUAUCAGUGUCGAGUUGGAGAAGCUCUGUGAUUUGAACAUUGAUCUCGAGAAGGAGAUAGCUGUCUACCGUAGACUUUUGGAUGGAUCAGGAAAUGUGACUACCCACACUGGUAGCGUCGGUUCUUUGGCUAGAAGCUUAAACCAUCACUCUACUCAAUUCAUUCAUGAGAGAACAACUGAUCGGCGAGAGAGCACCAUCGCAGAUUUUAGAAGAACCAGCCAAUCCGUUCCACCACCAACUCAUCGUUAUCAACCGAUUCAACCACUAGCGCCAGUCAGUACUAUUCACGAAAGCCGCGAGAACAUCUACACCGCUCCUCAUAGCCCAUACCAACGGACCUACUCUCCAUACCAACGGGAAUCUCGCUCUGCUAGUAGCAGCCGCGUCUCUGUGAUUGACACUCAUUCCGAAAGAUAUCCUCCAGUCCCACUACCACCGGCACCAACUAUUCCAUUGCCACCAACACCAGUUCCAGCUGUAUCAGUUAUUCCACUCUCACCAGCUCCAAUCCCAACUCCAAUCCCAGCUGCUCGAAACUCGGGACACUAUGAUGGCUAUAGCUCGUCUACAUUGCAGAAACGUCAGGAAUCUUCUGGACAAUUGUAUACAACUCAGACCACUGGAAUCGGAAGUGGAAUCGGAAGCGGAAUUGGAAGCGGCAUCGGCAGCGGUAUCGGAGUUGGAAUUGAACAGAGGAGAACCUAUCCCGCUUAUGACACUCCAUACACCCCAAAUAGAGUCGAGACUCCGAGAAGAGUUGAGGAAACUCGCUACGACACCAGUCACACUAGACCAGCUAGUGAAUACACCAGAGUCUCCCCAUCAUUCCCUCCAAUCCGGCCAAUAUCUGAAACCAUCAAUACCGGCUACGAGGCCUACAAAUCCAGAAGAAGCGGUCCCCAUGAGGCCCGACCAGGUAGCCAUGUUGGCUCCCAAGGUAUCCACGUUGACACCCACGUUUCUCACGUUAGCACCACCGGAGCUCAUCAUGGUACUCAUAGUACCCACACCCACACCCACGGAAACCAGCACUCCGUCAGCAGCAGCGCAAAUGGACACAUUAAAAUUGACCACUACUCUCCACCACGAAGACCUUCUCCAUUCCCAGAAACCACGAAACCAUAUAAUGGAGGAAUCGAGGAGAGCAGCAGCUUCGAUAGUGUUGACGAGGACAACUUCCAGAGAUUCACUAGAUGGUACAAAGGCCGAGUGAAGAUUUCGGUAGCUCAAAAAGUUCGAAAAACAUCCCUAGCUAUAAUUUUUCAGGAUGUGACCCCAGACUAUGUUCAACUCGUCAACAGAAGCUCUAAGAAAUCGGCAGACGUUGGUGGAUUCCGACUGAUUCAUGAGUUCGGGAACAGGAGUGUAUUCGUUGAUCUUCCAGUAGGACUCAUCCUUAAGCCUAAGGAGUGCUUGAAGAUCUACGCUCGCAGUGCUCACUAUGAACGAGGUGCCGUUGUUGCUGAAAUCGACUUUUUCGAUACCACCAUCCAUACCAAUACAUCAAUCAGAAACACGAAUAAUGAGGUAAGACAGAAAGAGAGAGAGAGAGAGAGAGAGAGAGAGAGAGAGAGGGGGGGCCGAGUUUUUAUGAUUUAUGAACCGGUAAAAUCGUGGUUUGUUUACACCAGCAAUACCGAGAUUGCGGAUGGAGAGAGUCAUCAGCACAACUAA